GGGCGGCAGUUAACCAUGAACUUCUCCGAAGUCUUCAAGCUGUCCAGCCUGCUCUGCAAGUUCUCUCCGGACGGGAAGUAUCUGGCUUCAUGUGUCCAGUACCGUCUAGUGGUCCGAGACGUGAACACUCUACAGAUCCUUCAGUUGUACACAUGCCUGGACCAGAUCCAGCACAUAGAGUGGUCAGCAGACUCCCUCUUCAUUCUGUGCGCCAUGUACAAACGCGGCCUUGUGCAGGUUUGGUCUUUGGAACAGCCCGAUUGGCACUGCAAGAUAGACGAGGGCUCCGCAGGGCUGGUGGCUUCGUGCUGGAGCCCAGAUGGACGCCACAUCCUCAAUACGACCGAGUUCCAUCUGCGGAUAACUGUCUGGUCCUUGUGUACAAAAUCGGUAUCUUAUAUCAAAUAUCCUAAGGCCUGUCAGCAGGGGAUCACCUUCAGCAGGGAUGGCCGCUACAUGGCGCUGGCAGAGAGGCGGGACUGCAAGGACUUCAUCAGCAUCUUUGUGUGCAGUGACUGGCAGCUCCUGAGGCAUUUUGAGACCGGCACCCAGGACCUCGUUGGGAUCGAGUGGGCUCCCAAUGGCUGUGUGCUGGCUGUGUGGGACACCUGUCUGGAGUACAAGGUCCUGCUGUACUCCUUGGACGGCCGGUUGCUGUCAACCUAUUGUGCAUAUGAGUGGUCCCUGGGUAUCAAGUCUGUCGCUUGGAGCCCCAGCAGCCAGUUCCUGGCAGUCGGAAGCUAUGAUGGAAAGGUGCGUAUUCUGAAUCAUGUGACUUGGAAGAUGAUCACUGAGCUUGGGCAUCCUGCAACCAUCAGCAAUCCUAGGGUUAUUGUCUAUAAGGAAGCAGAGAAGAGUCCGAAGCUGGGGCUAGAGGGCCUUCCCUUCCCACCCCCGAGAGCAGCGGCCAAGCCUCUCUCCACCACAGAGACCAAAUAUGAGAUCGCCUCCCUUCCGGUCUCUCUGCAGACCCUGAAACCACUCACUGACAGGGCAAACCCCAGGAUCGGUGUGGGCAUGCUGGCCUUCAGUCCUGACAACUACUUCCUGGCCACAAAGAACGACAACAUCCCCAAUGCCGUGUGGAUCUGGGACGUCCAGAAGCUCAGGCUGUUUGUUGUGUUGGAGCAGCUAGCCCCAGUGCGAACUUUCCAGUGGGACCCCCAGCAGGCACGCCUUGCCGUCUGCACAGGGGGCAGCCGCGUCUACCUGUGGUCAUCGGCAGGCUGUGUGUCAGUGCAGGUGCCUGUGGAAGGUGACUUCCAUGUGCUCUCCCUGUGCUGGCAUCUGAACGGGGACUCCCUGGCCCUCCUCAGCAAGGACCACUUCUGCUUGUGUUUCCUUGAGACCGAGGAGGGGGCUGGCACAGCCUAA